GCUUGAGCAGGAGCUGGAGCAGAAGCAGAAGCAGAAGCAGGAGCAGAAGCAGGAACAGGAGUCGAACCGAGGAGAAGCCCGAGGCAGUCAGGGGCGGGAACCCGAGCGCUUGAACAUUAUGGAGCUGUAUUUUGGAGAAUAUAAGCAUGUGCAGCAGGAGUAUGGAGUACAUCUUAGGCUUGAAAGUGAAGAGACCAAAAAAUCAAGGCUUUCUCAGAAUGCUAAGACAGGAUCUUAUGGUGUCAGUAUUAGAGUACAAGGAAUUGAUGGCCAUCCAUAUAUUGUACUGAAUAAUACAGAGAGAUGUUUGGCGGGCAUUCCUUUUGCAGAAAAUGGGCCAUCAUUUACGCCUCCAACAGUCAACGACCUGCCUUUACGUUCCAGUAUUGAUCCCAGACUGGAAGAGAAAGCCAGUGAAGAAAUAAGGUUUCCAGAAAACCCAUAUGGACAACCUACUGCAUUUAGAAGUCUAAAGUCAGCCAGUCUAUAUGAAGGUAAAAAUGGACUUCUUGACCACAAAGAUAGUUCACUAAAAUCAUCUAAUAUGUUGAACUUUCAGAGACACCCUGAACUUUUGCAGCCUUAUAACCCUGAAAAAAAUGAAUUGAAUUUAGAGACUCAUCGAUCUCAUGAGUGCAACUGGACCAAAACACUUACAGAUGAAACUAAAAAUGACAAAUGUUCUCGAACUUGCUUUUCUAAACCUGCUACUUCUCAACCAACUAGCAUGCCUCCAGGAGACAUGUCAAAAUGCAAUGUGACAGCCAUUCGUUUGUGCAGCUCAAUUGUGAUAGAUGAUCCCAAGAAGCAGGCAUCGGUGUGUCUGAAUGUUCAGAGCUGCGCCAACGAGGGGCUGCCAGCUGAACCGCCUGCACCCACUGAGAAGCCCCUUACUGCCAUUCACUCUGAUAUUCAUCAGGAAAGCAAAAAGAGUCGGCCAGAUGUUCUUCCCUUUCGCCGACAAGAUUCUGCUGGGCCGGUGUUGGAUGGUUACAGGUCACGGAGAUCCUCCUCCUCCUCAGCCAUCCCCACUUCAGCCAACUCUCUGUACAAAUUUCUGCUGGAUAACCAGGAUUACGCCAUCCAUGCUGACAGUGUGAAUCGUCAUGAAAACAGAAGGUACAUCCCCUUCAUGCCAGGAACAGGCCGGGACAUCGACACAGGAUCUAUUGCAGGUGUAGAUCAAUUAAUUGAAAAAUUUGAUCAGAAAGUUGGCUCUCAGAGAAGGGGGAGAUCUGGGAAACGGAACAGAAUUCAUCUAGAUGAUCACAAGAGAUCCAGAAGCGUAGAUAGUGCUUUUCCUUUUGGUCUACAGGGAGACUCUGAAUACUUAGAUGAGUUUAGCCGAAACUUGGGCAAAUCAAACGAACAUCUCCUCAGACCAUCCCAAGUUUGGCAGCAGAAGCCUCUCUCGCGAGAUCGUCGUCUGCUUUCUGGUGGGAAACAUCUUGCGAUAGGGCAGACAUCUGGGAAACUGCAGGAGCUAGGUCAGGAUGCUCCUGAUGGACAGCCCAAACGGUUGCAGUUCCAUAAUACAGGCAAAAGUCAUGAGAAUAAAGUUAACAAAGAUAGUGGGUUAAUGAGACCCUCCACACUUAUAACCCAGAAUAAAAAGGAGGAAGAAAUAAAAACGGCAACGGCCACUGUGUUGUUACAGAAUCAGGCUGUGGCCACAUCACCUGAUUCAGGAACAAAGAAAAUCUCCAUCAAGACACUCUCCUCUGCUACACAUACUCAGGCCACACCUGACUUGUUAAAAGGCCAGCAAGAACUUGCUCAACAGACAAAUGAGGAGACAGCUAAACAGAUCCUUUACAAUUAUCUCAAAGAAGGGAGCUCUGAAAAUGAUGAUGCUACUAAGAGAAAAGUAAACCUGGUCUUUGAGAAGAUUCAGACUUUAAAGUCUCGAGCAGCUGGAAGUGCACAAGGAAACAAUCGAGUUUCUGAUUCUUCAGCUGAAGUCAGAGAGUUACUAGAACAGAGAAAUAAACUAAACAGGGAGGUUUCAGAACUUCAGAAACAGCUCAACCUAGAAGUGAAGAAUCAACAAAACAUCAAAGAAGAGCGAGAUCGAAUGAGAGCCAAGCUUGAGGAGCUUCGAAACCAACAGGAGGAAAAGGAGAAGGAGACCUCAGCACUACAGAAACGUCUGGAUGACAGUGAAAUGGAGCUCCGGAAAAAUCUGGAGGAGUUGUUUCAGGUAAAGAUGGAACGGGAGCAGCACCAGACAGAGAUCAGAGAUCUCCAGGACCAGCUCUCAGAAAUGCAUGAUGAGUUGGAUAAUGCAAAACACUCAGAUGAUGGGGAAAAGGGAGCCCUAAUUGAGGAACUGUUACAAACAAAGCGGGAUUUACAAGAUGUGUUGUUAGCCAAAGAGGAACAAGAAGAUCUGCUAAGAAAGCGAGAGCGAGAGCUCACUGCCUUGAAGGGGGCAUUAAAGGAAGAAGUAUCAAGUCAUGAUCAAGAGAUGGAUAAACUCAAGGAGCAGUAUGAUGCAGAACUCCAGGCUCUGAGAGAGAGUGUAGAAGAAGCCACAAAGAAUGUUGCAGUCCUGGCCCAUCAGAAUAGUACUUCACAGCCAGCUCAAUUAGGAACAGAAAACCAGGUGAAGGCUCUAACAGAAGAAAAUGAGAAACUACAGGAAAAGAUCAGAGAACUAGAACGAAGCACGAUGCAACUUCAGACACAGGUUGAUGACAUGAAAUUAGAUGAAGUUAAAAUGAAGGAAAAACUAAAGAAAUGUGAGGGAGAAAAGCAGCAGUUGGAAGAAGCCCUUUUAUGUGCCAGAGACCAAGAAAAGGAAAUGCUGUCAGCAAAAAGAGUUCUAGAGAGUCAAUUUGAGAACAUUCAGAAAAAUCUCAGCCAGGCUACACAGGAGCAACAAAAUCUGUCUGAAAAGUUACAAGAUGAGAUAGACCAGAAAGAACAGUUGUGGAGGUUGAAGAACGAAAUGGAGAAUGAGCGAUGGCAACUGGACAAAACCAUUGAGAAAUUACACAAGGAGAUGGCUGACAUCAUGGAGGUUUCACGGACAUCAACUCUGGAACUCCAGAACCAGCUGGAUGAAUAUAAGGAGAAAAAUCGCCGGGAGCUUGCCGAAAUGCAAAGGCAAUUAAAGGAGAAAACUAUAGAGGCAGAAAAAUCCCGUCUGACAGCCAUAAAAAUGCAAGAUGAGAUGCGCCUGAUGGAGGAGGAGUUACGAGAUUACCAGAGAGCUCAAGAUGAAGCUAUUACAAAAAGGCAACUUCUGGAACAAACGCUGAAAGACCUAGAGUAUGAAUUGGAGGCAAAGAAUCAUCUUAAGGAGGAUCGCAGUAGACAAGUCAAGCAAAUGGAGGACAAAAUUUCGCAGAUGGAGAUGGAACUGGAUGAAGAAAGGAAUAACUCUGAUUUGUUGUCAGAGAGGAUCACCCGGAGCAGGGAACAGAUUGAACAAAUGAGGAGUGAGCUGCUACAAGAAAGAGCUGUAAGGCAAGAUUUGGAGUGUGACAAGAUUUCCCUGGAGAGACAGAACAAGGAUUUAAAGAGCCGGAUCAUUCACCUGGAAGGUUCAUAUAGAUCCAGUAAAGAGGGGCUAGUGGUGCAGAUGGAAGCCAGGAUCUCAGAGCUAGAAGACCGGCUGGAGAACGAAGAGAGAGACAGAGCUAAUCUUCAGCUGACCAAUCGAAGAUUGGAAAGGAAAGUGAAGGAGCUGGUGAUGCAGGUAGAUGAUGAGCAUCUCUCUUUAACCGACCAAAAGGACCAGCUGAGCCUACGUUUAAAGGCAAUGAAGCGCCAGGUUGAGGAAGCAGAAGAAGAGAUUGACAGGCUGGAAAGUUCCAAAAAGAAGCUUCAGAGAGAGCUGGAAGAGCAGAUGGAUGUGAAUGAACAGCUGCAGGGGCAGCUCAGCAACAUGAAAAAGAACUUAAGACACAAGAAAAUGCCAAGUAAAGUGCUGGAUGACCUCGAUGAUGAUGAUGAUGAUGAUGAUGAUGACUUCAGUACUGAUGGGGGUAGUCUCUAUGAAGCACCCAUGGGAUACACAUUCUCAAAGGAAAAUGACCCCAUUAAAUCUGCUUCUACUUCCCUCAGCGUUUGAAAAGAAAAUCCAUUUUAAGCCAUAUAAGUGCAGAUGACCAGAGCCAGAUGCGUAAAAGGGUCCGAACAGAAUGGAGACCUUUCCCCUUUAUUCACAAUAUGUGCCAUUUCCUCAAGUAUUAUAAUGCUCACUUUGGGUAGCUAGGCUGCAGAGCAGCUGUUGCAUCCAAGGCAGGUAGUUCCUGUGUUUAAAAAAAAAAAAAAAAUUUAGAAAUUCAUAGAUAGGGCUGGUGACACUUUGAGCACUGGUUCAUAUAGCAAAAAAAAUCAACAACAACAUUGACUGAAACCAAGAUCAGGUGUAAUAAUUAUUUACCCAUGACCAGCAGCAUUUAAAUUGUAUUUACCACCCACCCUGAUGAUCCCAAAUGACAGGAUAUAGGCCAUAGUUUCUAUUUAAGUAAAAUUAUAUGUCUCCUGGAGUCUGAUGAUCCCAAAUGCUAGUGCAUAGGUAUAAGUUACAUUUAAUAACUUUUAAGUUGGGGAAAACUGAUGUAUAGGUUGUAAAUAUGUUAAACUAGACCUCACUGACUUCUUGUUCCAUUUUGGAAAGCUACAGAAGUUUUAAUAGGUCAGUUGUAUGUAAAGUAUACAAAUUUAUAUUGAGUAUUUUAACUUCAAAAAUAAGAAACUACUGGAUUUUAAAUAUUAAAUCUGGUUAAGGACCAUUUUGAAAAUCAAUAUAAAAAGAGGAUGGCAGGGUCUUGAAGGAAUUCAAAUAAUAAUAGCCAUAUUCUUUGGAAAAGCCACUUUUUAAUAGAGGGGAGAUAGAGUCAGUGUUAGUUGUUUUCCCCCUCUGCCUAUAUACCAAACUAUUUCAUCCUUUAUCUCUGAAUUAAUUUUCUGUUUCCUCAUGUAAAAUGUACAUUUUACAUUCAAUGAUAAACCAUGGUAUUUCACCACCACUUUCAUGCUUUCUGGAUGUGUGUAUGUGUAGGGGAUUUGUCUUCCAACUUUAGCUUUCCAAGAGUCAGCACUAGGUGACAGCUGCUGGGUACAGUACGUGUGAGACGGGGUAACCUUGCCACUGAUAAAAGCGUCCUCUGGGCUCCUAAAUGGGACAGUGCUAAAAGCUGUUGAAAUGGUGAGGUAUAAUGACUGAAAUAAGCAUUCAAGGUCUUGAAGAUAAUAGAAGAGAGCUUGGAUGAUCAUAGGAGGAAGGAGAGGUGAGAGAUGAUAAGCAAGUGUUUGUGGGUAUAGGAUGAGAGGAGUAAGGGAAACAAAUCAAGAAGGAAAAAUAAAAUAAAACAAUAAGAGUCCUAAGUUAGAGGGAAUGAGUAAGUAGAAUAUGGACUGAGCAGGAUCUAAGAUCUUGGUACAUUAAAGUAGUAGAGGAAGAAACAUGCUAUAAAAACUAUGAGCUACUGAAGAACUCAAUGACUGAGAACUGUGCCUUUGGGUGGUCAGGGACAAGGAGGAGCUCAGUCCUUCUCCCUUGAUGCCACUGAAGCCUUGAAGGGGGUGAUUAGAAAAGAGAUGUGAGAAGUAGUGGGGUAGCUUGCUAGGAAUCCGGGAGCUGGGCUUCCUGACUGUGUGAUGGAGAUGAAGGCAGGGCUGGCUGUUGCCAUUUCCUCUUUUGAAAUCUGUCAUAGGUUAUACUAAGUGUUUGCUAUUAGUCACUUCCCUUAUGUCCAGGAUGACUCUUUGUCAUAUAAUAUAUUGGUCGUGGCUGGUACAUGACCUGUACAUCUCCUGGGCCAUCAGGGAACCCCAAGGUGGACAAGGUAGCCCUCAGCCCAGGAAGAAAGCUUUAAGAACCAUGGAUGUGCUGGGAAAAGUGAGAUUUAAGGGGACUUGGCCACUGCAACUGUUUUCUCAGAUUACGUGCCAUAUUGGAGGGUGAGAAUAGGACCGAGGUUGUAAGAUAGUUUAUAUUCCUAAGCAGAGCAAGAAAUCCCAGUGGAGUCAUCUUAGUCCCUCUAGUAUCCUGGUCAUGGAAUUUGUAGGGCUCUGAGGGACAUGCCAGUUCUUGGAAGUCUGUAAGAAAUAUGAAUGAUCUCCCUAUUCUCUCCCACCUACCUUAAGAAUCCCACUGUCAAAAGAUGACACACCCUGGUUACAGGAGGUGCAAAUUUUGGAAGCUUAUUCUAGCUUUCUUUCCCCUUUAUUGUAUUAUAUAGAGGCAGGGCUGGAGUUCCCUUCUUCUCAGUGGAUUGGGGAUCUUGGAAGCCUUACCCCAGACCUCUUCAUCUUCUCUGGGGCUUACAUGUGAUGACUUAGAAUCAUGUGAUGACUUUGGAACACAAAUGCUAUGUAUCAGCUUUCCAUUUUUCAUAUUCAUUUUUUCCAAUAGAGUCUGAAGUAAGAUCUCCUCAGCCUGACCUUCACCAUCCUGCUGUUUUCAUCAUUAACUUGGUUGCCAUUCUGCCCAACCAGAAAAAACUUUUUUAUCCCACUGAUAGCUAAGUAACUGGUGACAUAGAUCUAUUAAAUCAGCAACUUUUUAGGGAAAAGUAAUGUCUUGAGUCCAGCUAAGCAGGACUAUUUAGAAGAGAGGAUGUGGGAGACAGCUAUCCCCUGAAAACAAAUGCAGUGACCAAUACUAAUCUGAGUUACAAAAUAGGAAGGCUUCAAAAGUAUUUCAUGAUAAUAUAUUUAAAAUUCCUAUUCUGUUUAUAAAUUUAAUUUCCAUACUUAUAUGCAUUUGACUGUAAUUGGUGAUUAACUCACUUACAUACACUAGAUAGAUUUUUGGGCCCAGUUCUGGCUAUGUGAUUUUGGGCAAGUCACUUAAUCAUCUUGAGGAAAGUAAAUUAGAUCGUCUAUAAGUCUCUUCCAACUCUAGAAUUCCUGAUUCUUUCAUUCCCUGAUAUAUAUGUAUGAUGGAUACUUUCCCCAUUUAUCUCUUUAAUGACUAACCCAAAGAAGUUUCUCACUAAUGUUUUCUAUAACUCUCUGAAAAACGUGUCUUAACUUUUUUUAAAAGGAGACAAACCAAAUGCACAAUGCUGUGACGACAAUCAUCAGAAAAUUUGUAUUUUUUGUGAUUUUUGAUUAUUUUGCAUUUAUGAACACCUUUUUACAAUUCCAGUAAAUAUGUGUUCAGCUCAGUUUUGUACUCAGCCAUAGUUUAGUUGCUGCUAUUUAUCACUGGGAAAAUAUAUUUUCGUUGCAGCUACCUCUAUGUACAUGAAAUUGUAAACGCCUAGAUCACUUUUCAAUAAACAAUGUCCAUCAACCUCAA